GAAGGUGGAAAGGAUGAUCAUUCUCCAGUGAGGUGGGUUGGGGAGGGGGAGGGGCUAGCAGAGGUUGGGGAAGCGCGCGUCGCGGGCCGUGGCGGAGGGGCAGGCGGAGCGGGCUGUACCCGCCUUGUACACCGGCUGCUUCAACAUGUUGCCGCCAGGGCCGUAGUUGCACACGUAGUACUUCUUGCACUUGUUGCCGUCCUGGAAGAGCGAGAAGCCGCAGCCGACGCGGUUGGUGUUGGCCCACACCACCUGCGUGUAGUGGCCCGUGCCGCUGGCGCCUCUGCAACACGUCAGCCCCGACAUCAGGAAACACUUCUAGACCGUAUCAGAGGUAAAGAAACAACAAUGUCCGAUGAUGAAGAUAUUUUAUAUGUGAAGAAACAAAAGACUUUGCACUAUGGAUCAUUGGAAGAACAAGAACGUCUUCGUUUGUCAGCAUUGCCACCAACUGCCCCAACAUCCACAGUUAUUAGUGCCGACAGUGAUGGCGAAGGAGAACCUCCUCCUCCUGUUACUGUGCCUGCACCAGAAACAGGCCAUGUUAAUAUAUCAGAUGAGUACAUGGAACUGGAGGAGGAAAUGAAUCGAGAUAGACAGGCUCUGUUGGAAGAGUUUGAACGUCGUAAACGAGCUCGUCAAAUUAACGUUUCAACUGACGAUGAAGAAGUGAAACGUAAUUUAAGGCAACUGGGAGAGCCAAUAUGUCUUUUUGGUGAAGGUCCUGCUGACAGACGAAAGUAUUCAUUGCCUCGUGCAAAAGCAAGGUUGGAACAGGCAAGGAAAGAGAAGGAGGUGGCUGAUGCCACUCGCACAGCGAGGAGGCAAGAAUUACAGAAGAAAUUGCAAGCUCUUUCCAUUUAUUGCAGUCAGAUAGGUGAUACUAGACCUAUCUCUUAUUGUCAAUUCAGCCCUGACUCCAAAAUGAGUGGACUAUGUAAAUUGUGGUCAGUGCCAAACUGUGAGUUGCUAAAGACUUUGCGGGGACACAAUUGCAAUGUAGGUGCAAUUGUAUUUCACCCUAAAGCAAUGGAAGAUGAAACGACAGUUUGCGCAUUAGCAUCCUGUGCAGCAGAUGGAACAGUGAAACUUUGGAACCUAGAAAGUGAGGAACCCCUUGCAGAUGUUGAAGGUCAUGCUCCACAUAGAGUGUCCCGAUUAGCAUUCCAUCCAUCUGGACGCUUUCUUGGGACAUGUUGCUUUGACAAUUCAUGGCGUCUCUGGGACUUGGAACAGUGUCAAGAAGUUUUGCACCAGGAAGGUCAUUGCAAACCUGUUUAUUGUAUCUCGUAUCAGAUAGAUGGGUCAGUUUGUGCCACUGGGGGCCUUGAUGCAUUUGGUCGAGUCUGGGAUCUCCGUACUGGAAGAUGUAUCAUGUUUAUAGAAGGUCACUUGAAAGCUAUCUAUGGAAUUGACUUCUCACCAAAUGGGUACCACAUAGCAACAGGUAGUGAAGAUAACAGCUGCAAAAUUUGGGAUCUUCGAAGACGAGCGUGCUUGUAUACAGUACCUGCCCACAUGAACCUCUUAUCAGAAGUGAAAUACCAGAAAGGAACUGGACAGUUCCUGGUGACAGCCUCGUACGAUAAUACUGCCAAGGUGUGGUCUAAUAAAACGUGGCAGCCAAUGCGAACUCUCUCUGGUCAUGAUGGAAAGACACUUAAUUUGGCCAAGUAUCAU